UUUGGUUUGGUGUUUGCCAGUGUUUGGUUUUAGGUUAGAUUUUUGAUUAUUUUUGAACGAAUCGGUUUGUUUGCCCUUGCCCAAGCCGUGGGACAAUUUUUAUCGUUUAUCAUUAAUUUCAAUAAUUUCAAAUUUUGUCGUUGAGUCGUUACUAUAAUGGAAUAAUUAUUAAUUUGAAUUUUCACGGUCAUUGUCGCCUUCAAAAAUAGAAAUCCUUGUUGGGGGUGUUUAUAUCCAUUACUUAGUUACUUUGUUUUGUUAGGGGAGGUCUCAGUUACACCACAGUAGUGUGUAGAAAAUAGUUCUUCUAAUCGUCAUGCCAAAUCCAGACGCGAGUAGCAGUCCCCGAAAUCUUCGUUCCCGCAACCGAAAAGUUAUACAUGAAGAUAUUGAGAUUACAGAUAUUUCUAGUGCAAGGGCAAGCUCUUUUGUGCAAGCCAGACCUGAAGAUUAUUUAUUUGGAGAAGAGAUAAGCAGUGAACUUGGUGAAGCUAAUGAAUCCACAGAAGCUAGAAAAACAAGCUCCAAAUUCCAAAAUGUUAUGUAUGAUAGACCUGAUAACAUUCGGUCAGAUAGUCUUCCUUACAAGUCAGAUAGUGAAAAUUCAGAUUCUGAGGAUUCAAAUACACAAAGCAUAAGUUCUGUUGAGCAAGAGAAAGAAACAAAUUCUCCCCAGGUUCCUCCUUGCAAUGGAUUUAGCCAAGGAUUUAGCAUUCAAGCUUUGUUAAAUGACUGUUACCUAGGAGUUAUCAUAUGUCUGAUCAUUGCUCUUUAUCUCGGUUCUUGUGUUUUAUACUGCAAUGAUGAAGAAGGAAUGGUAAAUAAACCCAAUAAUUUAACUGAAGACUUUGAAAGAGUUUGGAAGCAGUUCAAUAAACAAGAUGAAGAUUUUUGGCGCAGUAUCAGAGUAGGUGUUGAAGAAAUACUUGAACUUGAACAGCCAAGGGUGAUAGUAUUUUUAUAUAAAAACGACUCUAUGGCUAUUACAAAAAAUAUUAUAGCAAAGGUUUCCAAGGCGGCAGUUUGUUAUUUAUCUGAUUGUUCACAGGAACCAAUUGAUAUAGAAGGCUCUGUCCUAAAUACUACCGAACUCCAAGAUGAUUUUGGCAGUAUAGUUACAAAUUAUCGUGAACAGCUAAAAAAAUCAGGUGUUUUUAUUAUUCAAAAUUUACAAUUAGUUCCUGGUAAGUCAGCUCAAGCUUUACAUCUAUUUUGUGAUGAAUAUAACCCUGUAGUUGAAAGGGCAUUAUUUUUGUUUACUGUAAAAGUUGAUGAGUUUAUUGAAUUGCCUGAUAUAUAUACUGCUAUCUCGUUUUUGGAAGAUUUAUUGCUUAAAGUUUGGAAUGAUCUUGGCGUACAUGAUAAAUUUCAUCCUCUGUUCACUAGGAUAUCAGGGACAGUUUUAUCUGUGCGACCUCAAUGAUCAGUAAUCGUUACUUAUGUAAUCAUUUUUUUAUUUUUUCUCAAUAAAUGCCUUAUUGAAAUAUA